UUGUUGUUUUUGUUUUUUUUAAGGAAAUGUUUUCGUUGUCGCAUCUUAUCGGUGCGCUCAGUAUUUGGGGUGGUGUUCCAGCUUUACUCGUUUCUUAUUUGAUUUACUCGUCAUUCGAAGACAUUGAUCCGGAAGGACCUAUAAAGGAUACCAAGACAUUCCGGACGGAAUAUGAUUUCAUCAUCAUCGGAGCAGGAUCGGCCGGAGCGGUUGUGGCCAACCGGUUAACUGAGCAAUCCAACUGGAACGUGUUGGUACUGGAAGCUGGAGGGGAUGAAACCAUCUUCUCCGAUAUCCCCGGCGCUGUGCAGUACCUCCAGCGCACCGACAUUGAUUGGCAGUAUAAAACAGUGCCCCAGGAAGGUGCUUGUCUUGCUUUCAACGACAACAGGUGCAACUGGCCUCGCGGUAGAGUCCUCGGCGGCUCGUCCGUCCUCAAUUACAUGUUGUACGUCAGAGGGAAUAAAAAGGAUUACGACGAGUGGGAAAGAAUGGGAAACACUGGAUGGUCCUACGAUGAUGUAUUGCCUUACUUUAUCAAGUCAGAAGAUAAUCGCAAUCCCUACAUAGCAGACAAUAAGGAAUAUCAUGGAACAGGAGGUUACCUGACUGUCCAAGAACCGCCUUACAUUACGCCACUUCUCAAUGCGUUUAUUGAAGCAGGCGUUGAAAUGGGUUACGAAAAUAAAGAUGGCAACGCGGCAAGUCAGACAGGUUUCAUGAAGGCUCAGGCAACUGUCAGGAGAGGGUCGCGAUGCUCCACCUCAAAAGCUUUCCUGCGGCCUGCCCGCAAACGUCACAAUUUGGACAUUUCGAAACACUCGCUGGUGCACAAGAUCGUUAUCGAUCCAUCAACCAAGCAAGCGACAGCAGUGCGUUUCGAGAAGAAAGGUGUGAUGUAUCAAAUCGAGGCCAAGAAAGAAAUUAUUCUGUCAGCCGGGUCGGUCAACAGCCCGCAGUUGUUGAUGUUGAGCGGGGUAGGUCCAGCCGAUCACCUCCAGUCGUUCGGCAUUCCCGUCAUUGCAGAUUUACCCGUUGGCAAUAACCUGCAAGAUCACAUUGCGUUGGGUGGCAUGAUGUUUACGGUGGACAAACCUUUCGCCGUGAUGGACUUUCGGUACUUUACGUUCCCAGCCGUGCUGAAUUAUACAAUCAAUAGGGCUGGACCUUUGUCAACGUUAGGUGGUUGCGAGGGACUCGCGUGGGUCAAUACCAAAUACGCGGACGCAACUGGUGAUUGGCCAGACAUUGAAUUUCACUUCGUUGCGGGAGCGCCUCCGUCGGACGGCGGCAAUAUCAUUCGAUACAAUCACGGUGUCAAAGAUUCUACCUGGAACGCGUAUUACAAGCAGCUGGAACACAAGGACGCUUGGCAAUUGAUCCCCAUGUUGCUGCGUCCCAAAUCAACGGGGACUAUCCGGCUGGCCUCUAACGAUCCGUACACGGCCCCGCUGAUUGAUCCCAAAUAUUUCGAUAACGUCCAGGAUUUGAACGUUCUCAUCGAAGGCACGAAGAUCGCUUUAGCUCUGAGCAAAACCCAAGCUUUCAGCAGAAUGGGGAGUAAGUUCUACGAUAAGAUUUUCCCCGGCUGUGAGGAGUUCACUCCGUUCACGGACGAUUAUUGGGGCUGCUUCAUCCGCCAUUAUUCGUCCACUAUUUAUCAUCCAGCCGGUACCUGCAAAAUGGGACCUUCGUCGGAUGACACAACCGUCGUUGAUCCUCGAUUACGAGUUCAUGGAAUUCAAGGAUUAAGCGUGGUCGAUUGCUCCAUCAUGCCAAACGUCGUUUCCGGAAACACCAACGCCCCUGCGAUUAUGAUUGGAGAAAAGGCAUCGGACAUGAUUAAAGAGGAUUGGCUACUUAAUAGAAACGCAGAUUCUCAGUUGAACGAUGCAGUUGAUGAGAUGGGAAGGGCAAAUGUGGCCACAUUAGAAGGAGAUGGUGAAACAGACGUGUCAGAAUCCAAUUCAUUGAAUUGAAAAUUUCCUAGCUCA